CAGUAACAAAAGAUCUUUAUAAGUAUACUAUCAGCUAUAAAAAAUGUUAUUAUUCAUUACUAUCAUUCAACUUUUAAUUGUAAUGGAAAUACGAACAAAAGAAUUACAAAAUAAUACUUGUCUCACUCCUGGCCUUCAUUGCACGGAAAAUGAUAAUUGCUGUUCUAACUCAUGUCUGAGUCAAAUGGGAACUGAAUAUCAUUAUUGUGAGCCGGAAAAUAUCACUUCCACUACUGCUGUGACUACGACAAAAAAAAGAAAUAUCCUUAGAUGCUUUAAAAACAAAAAAUCGUGUGAUUCCAACGUUGAUUGCUGUUCUAAAAAAUGUAUUUCUAUCGACAGUUUUUUCAGUAAUAAAAUUUGUGUAGAGUCAAAUUGGUGCAUCAAACCUGGACAUUAUUGUACAGCAGACAGUGAUUGCUGUUCCAAUGAAUGUUACAAUAUAGUGGGAACUCCACUUCAUUACUGCAACAAUAAGCAAAGAGAUUUAUUUUAAACAAAUAAUUAAUUUGUUCAAUCAAAAAUUUAUUCAUUUCUUUAAUCUUAAUUGUGCGGCCAACAUCGUACAGCGUUACUAUAUAUAAUAUAUAUAUAUCAUAUUAUGAUAUGAGUAUUUCGGUCAUUAACGAUUUCUC